AUGAUGGCGGGUGCACCGCGAAGAGCGGCGGCUUCGUGUCUGGCGGCGCCGCUUUUGUUGCUUCGUUGCGUUCACGAGAAACCGUUUCUUGAGCUCUCACCCGACGCCUCUCAGGGCGAGGCGUACGACAUGGCCCGCGACGCGCUGGUGCAGCUGAACGUGAUGGUGCGACGCGGCAUUGAACCAGACGCACUUAUGUACACCUCCCUCAUCGCCACGAUGGGGCGGGCGCGGCUGGAGUGGCAGGCGUACAAACUUUUCUCCCGCAUGCUGGAGCAGGGUGUGCGGCCGCUGCCGGAAACGUACGUCGCGCUGCACGACGCCACCGCCCCGUCACGCCGGCGUCUGCGGCAGGACCUUCAGCUGAAAAUCGAGGAGUCGCUGGAGUCGUUUCCCACGGAGCUGGCCGAGGCGGAGUUAGCUAGCCGGCGUGAGCAGGACCGGAUGUGCGUGCAGAAGUUUGAGGACUACAUGAGGGGCGUGCUGCCCGCCCCACCGCCGCCGCCACCACCACCGAUCUCGGACACGCCGAGUACGGUGGCACCAGCGAUGGAGGGGGAAAAAGAACUCAAAAGCGGCGUAGGGGCGCAGGGGGUGGCAAGCGGCGCCUCUGCAGGAGAGGCAGCGAGGGGUGGGCGGGCGCAGGAAGAGCCGCAACCCAUUGCGACUAUGCACAUUCGAAACCCCACAGAUGCGUGGGGCACGGCACGGAUGAUGGAAGAGCAGCGGGGAAGCCACACACGACGUGCACACGGGAGUGAUAACAUUGCCUUUCUUUGCGAAGAACUUCACCGUCUUCACGAGGAAGAGCUGCGAAUUUUUCUCUCGGCACAACGACAGCUGCGCCACGGUACAAAAGAAGAACUGGUGCGCCGCGUGGUAGACACGGUUCCUGAGCGGAGUAUUCGAGACAUGCUGGAGCGGCGAAAACAUUACUUUCACUCCGUUGCACACAUCUUGGAGAACGACAUGCAUGCGCUCCGCCGAGAGAACAGUGGCCCCAAUGGUGUUGAGCCUCAUAGCAUGCAUCUCAAGCUCUCUGCAGCUGAUUGUACAUUAACCGCUGCCGAGAAGGAAACAGUGGCACCGGAGGUGCUGCAUACCCCGUGGGGGAUUUUGCGUAAGCCAAUGAGGCGUCAACCCGACCCACCUGCACCGCGUAGCAUGGAGCGACUGGAGCGCAUUAGUCUCUCUGCAGACGAGCUGCAGCUUAUUCGAAGUAAGGGGGAGACAGGAGAUCUCGACGAGCUACCGGAGAGUCUGCUGAGACGCUAUGCGUAUGAGUUUAGCCUGACAUGGAAACGUCGCCUUCCACUCUCCUUGUUGGAGGCCGUGCAGUGGCACUGCACGACGUUUCUUCCGGAGCGGUUGGACGGGAAGGUGGUGGUGCGGCCCACUCCAGCUCUUCGCCAGCAGCGGGAGAAGGAGGGAAUGCAUAAAACCUUGGAGAAUUACGAGGCCUUCCGCAUCAUUUCGCAGCGGACAAACAACUUACAAGUGGUGGACCACAAGGAAAUCAAUUUGCACCUUAAAAAGAUGCAAAGGGAGAUGCUGCGGGAGGAGCGCCGCACUGAAGAAACACUUCGGCGGGAACGGAACUUACUAGACGCGGCCACACUUGCAGCCUCGGCUAAGUCAUUUAGUCCACCGGAGGAGACGCCGCCAGCCGCCUCGCGGGUGCUCGGAGUGGGUGGGGAGGGGCGUGGCGGCAGUCCACAGUCCUUGCCGUCAGAAUCGUCUACCGCCGCGAGCGGGGAUGUCUUGGUGCAGGACGACGGCGGUGAGCUGCCGCCGUGGGCCAUCUUCGCUGGUGAAGAGGAGUUUGACAUCUCCACCGGCCGCUUUGGUGACCCUGACGUGGGCCGCUACCAGGAGCUUGGCGACGGACGCUUCAAGGUGCUGCCUUCACGUGAGGCACAACAAAAGUGGACGGUGGAUCGUCAACUUUUGCCUGGUCCCUUGCAGGACACAUUGCUGCGGGCGGAGCUGCAGCAGAAGCUGCGCCACGAGGCGGUUGAGGCGCGGUACAAGCAAAAACUGCAGUACAAUCGUUACCGAAAGUGGGACUCCUUCCUGCGCAAGGCUCAAGAGAAGCGACAUCAGGCGGAGGCAGCCAAUGAAGGCGAGAACGAUGGGAAUGGUGUUGUGUGCCCACUACCACCGAAGCGGCGUCUAUCGCAGCUACUACGCAAAGGCCGCGAUAAGGCACCCGUGGGAGGCGCACUGAAGGCCAAGUACACCAGAAGUCUUUAA